AUUUUUUUUUAACAAUAUAAUCUUAGGUGAAUGUUCAAAUAGUCCUUUUAAAAUUAAGGUUUUAUCUUAGUGUAUUUCCCCGUUACCUAGUUUAUUAUUUUGCAGUCGACGUUCAGAUUUAAAUCAUAAAUAUAAGUCAUACAUAUAAUUCACAUUUACAUUAAACAAUAAUAAAAUGCAUAAAAACAGUGCUUUAUUAAUUUUUGGCUCUACCACCACUCGAUUCAGUCAGAUUUUAAAGAAAUCUUUCAAAAAGGAUUUGUUCAAACAAUUCAUUGAACUAGGUUUGACUCAAAAGAAUGAUUCGUUGAUGAGUCGGACAGCACUAUUCUGUUAAACCCGACCUGAAAGUUAUGUAGUUGGAAAAUCGGCGUUCUUACCAAACAACUAUAAUAGGGAAAACACUUGUGUUGUGGUCUAUUUUGCCAAACUUUGGACGGAGAGAUAUUAUAUCAUGCAUUUAAAACGCAGAGACCGAUAGCUGGAUUGUUUAUGUGGUGAUUUUACAUUACCUGGAAGAGUGGAGUCUGCAUGAGUGGCAUGUGUUUGGAGACAUGUCUCAAGCCUCAAGGACCAUGAAACCCGACGUGAAAAUCGUCAUUCUGGGGGACAUGAACGUGGGGAAGACUUCUCUCCUCCACAGAUACACAGAGAGGAAAUUUAAGGACACCAUCAGCACAGUCGGAGGGGCGUUCUUCCUCAAACAGUGGGGACCCUACAACAUUUCUAUAUGGGACACUGCAGGUCGAGAGCAGUUUCAUGGCCUGGGCUCCAUGUACUGCCGCGGCGCAGCUGCUGUCAUCCUCACCUAUGACGUUACCAGCUGGCAGAGCCUGGCCGAGCUGGAAAACCGCUUCCUGUCCCUGACCGAUACUGCCAGCACUGACUGCAUAUUUGCCAUCGUGGGUAACAAAGCAGACCUUACUGACGCUCUCGCUCAAGAGCCAGGACCAAAGAGCGAGCGACGGGACGAACCUCAGUCUGUGGUCACGUGUCCGACUCCUGCGCCUCUGCUUCAACACAAACAGGUCAGCAGAGAGGACGCCAUGGCCCUGUACGGCCGUGUGCUACUCUACAAGGGCCUGGAGGAGAAGGCCUGUCUGUCCGCUGAGAGGAUGUGCUUCGAGACCAGUGCUAAAACGGGUCACAAUGUGGACGCUUUGUUUGAAACCCUCUUUGAUCUGGUUCUGCCCUCCAUCCUGAAGAAAAGGAGUGAGGGAGAAAAUGCCACUGUGGAUCUGGAGAUGCCAAUGGAGGUGAAAAAGACUAAAGCAGGAUGUUGUGCAUGAAAAACAUUGCAGGACAAAUAAUAGGAGAUGUGGGAUUGUGUUGUCAGACAGUGCCAAAGAAGGAAUGGAUCAAACCCCCCCAGAACAGAAUUAAUAAAUAAAAAAAUACAUACUUGUUUGUGUUCAUACUUGUUGACUGUACAUUUUUUUUUUUUUAUUAUAUAUGGACUAAAUGUAUAUUUUGUGAAUAUGACAUGAAUAUUUUCUGAUACUGCCGCACAAAAUCUGAGAAAAAUAAAAAUU